AUGCAGCAUAUAUCCCGUACGGACGAUGCCACGGCUGACGGUUUUGCGGGAUUAGCAGAGUUUCCGGCUCCUCAAGUCGACGAUAACCUGUCCGAUUCUUCGAGCUACUCUGAUUCAGACAGCAGUUACUCGGACGGACUAUCCAGUGACUGCUUCCUUCUCGACCCAUCAGAUGAGGAAUCUACUUCUGACUACGGAUACGCGUCCUUGACUUCUGAAUCUGACAGGGAAGCACAAUUCAUUCCUACACAGGUGAGCCACUCGUGCAACACUGGAAGUGAUUUGAUUGACGAGCGAAAGGGUUAUGAAACGUUGUCCGAUGACAUGGCUGUCCUCAGUGAGCGCGUGAUCAGUGAUCAUGAGCAACAAAGCCGAUACUGCCUAGUGAUAGGAUGGAUCCUUGCCGAGAAUCUGGAGCUAUUCAAAGAGCUGGCUGCGCGGAGGUGA